UCAUCACCGACCGCUUUGGCAGAGGCAUCCGGUUUGUUGCUCGCCUGCGUAAAGAUCCAUCCGCAGCCGACUUCCGCUGGAUGGGUCAACUGAUCAAAUGUUGUUUUCUGCCAGGCUACCACUGCGCUUCGUGUCGCUGACGCUCCACCUUCCCCCGUGUCGCCGCCCGGUCGUCGUCGCGUGACAUGCUGUCCCGGCCGUACAGUUGACGGCGACCCCUCGUCCCCCACCAUUCACAUCCGUGACCUUCCCCCCCACCGUCUCGUAGCCGGUCAAAAUUUCGGAAGCCAGGCUGCGGCGUUUUCGGGCGCGAGAUCCAGCGCCACGCCAGCCCCCGAACUGUUGAGUGCAGGUGCGGCCCCCCCACACCCCCCAAAUUUGUGCAGUCGUGUCCUUUUGCCAGCACGAAGUGCUGCUGGGAACACCGAGCAAGGCAACAGUCUUGCUUCUGAGCCAUCUGCUGAGGGAUCCCAUGUCCAGGAUUGGUGCUUUUUGAGACGAAGCAAACGUGAGCCCGCUCCCCCCCACCACCCUCUGCCAUCAAGACCUUGAGACGGGCACCACCAGUUUUAAUGCGUGCCAUACUUUGAAUCGUCGUCCACGCUCCGUCCGCCGCCUUCUAGACGCGGCAGAAAUCGCGUCCACCCCCUUUGGACUUGCCGUCUUCUGGACAACUCCACCAUCUCUAAAGUGUGCCGAUUCCUCCGUCGUAAGCAGCAGCGUUGGUCCGCACCCGACAACCCGUCACCACCGCAAGGAACAGCAGAAAUCCGAGGAGGUGUACCACAGCAACGGUAGCCCGAGUUGGUCAGCAACGCAGCACCACGCUCGGUCGCACGCCAAGCCCGACCGUCGCGUUGGAGGCUCCCCCUGCGAGCGCGCGUCGUCUGCCGGCAACCGACUCAGCAGCGGCGGCGCAUAGUCGCCCUGCCCGCGUUAGCGGCCGACGCCUGCCGAGGCAGCUACCGUGCCUAAGAACGACCCGCGGCAGCUGCUGUGCUGCGCCUCUUUCGUGCUCAUGAUGAACGUCCACGGCCUCAGGCGCAACGUGAAGAAUGUGGUGCGGAACUAUUCGGACGCCCAGGUUAAGGUGCGCGAGGCGACCUCCAACGACCCCUGGGGGCCGCCCUCGACCCUGAUGGGCGAGAUAGCUGACCUGUCGUACAAUGUGGUGGCCUUCACCGAGAUCAUGCAGAUGAUCUGGAAGCGGCUAAACGACCACGGCAAGAACUGGCGGCACGUCUACAAGGCCCUGGUGCUGCUGGAGUACCUCAUCAAGACCGGCUCCGAGAAGGUGAGCCAGCAGUGCAAGGAGAACAUCUUUGCGAUCCAGACGCUGAAGGACUUCCAGCACACGGAGGACAACAAGGACCAGGGGGUGAACGUUAGGGAGAAGUCCAAGCAGCUGGUGGCCCUGCUCAAGGACGACGAGCGGCUGCGCGCCGAGCGCACCCGCGCCCUCAAGGCCAAGGAGCGCUUCGCACAGGCCACGGCCCGCGUCGGGUCCGAGGCUUUGGCCAAGUAUGGCAGCUCCAGUCGGCGAGACUCUUACAACUCUGACGCGACGUCACCCAGAGGCGAGGGUGAUGGAGCGAGCGGCCUCUCCUCAGAGCUGGAGUGUGCCCGGCCCCAGACGGCGGGUGAGGAGGAGCUGCAGCUGCAGCUGGCGCUGGCCAUGAGCAAAGAGGAGGCGGAGCAGGAAGAGCGGCUCCGCAAGCACGACGACCUGCGGCUCCAGAUGGCCAUCAGCGAGUCUCAACACACCACAGCGACAUUGCACAACGGGGCGACUUCCUCCUCCUCGGCGGGUGCUGGCCCGUCUUCGUCGCACCACCAGGCUGCGUCGGGCCUCGACGACCUGCUGGGUCUCAGCCUGGGGGCCACGGGGGGCCCCAGUGGGGCCGAGCCCCCGUCGGUGACGGAUCCCUGGGGCAUGCCGCUCUACGACGGUGCACAGGCUGCUGCUCCAGACCCAUGGUCAUCACCCACAAGCAGUCGUCCGAACACGGCUGGUCAACCAGGCGACCCUUGGCAGUCGCCUACUUCCAAGCCAGCGAAUCAUGGAGACCCAUGGUCGAGCAGCCAAGACCCCUGGCGAUCAUCAGCCACGGGGCCCACAACCAACGGAAAUGACCUGGAUGAGUUUGACACACUGAGCAAACGAUCGGCUGCUACCAGCCCGAUCUCAGAACAAACUGGGGCAGUGGGCGAUGCGUUGGCAUUGGGCGGCCUGCGCCGUGCCUUGCCUUGUGCAGAGGAAGAAGAACUGAGCAAACGGAAAACGCCGGAGAGCUUCCUAGGUCCCAAUUCGAACCUGGUGAACUUGGACGCGCUCGUCACGACACGACCCGCAGGGCCAGGUACGUUGGGUGCCCCAGCACCCACUGCCGCGAACCCGUUUGCGGCACCACUCUCCGCACCAACGCCAGGCCUGGCAGCGCCUGCCACGGCGGCAGCGGCAGCAGCAGCAGCAGCAGCAGCCAGCAAUCCGUUCCAGGCGUCCAAGCCGCCCACGAUCAACCAGCUGCGACUGCAGAACAGCAGCUUCCCGCCGGCACCGGUCGCCCCAACGACGGCGACGCUCCUGACGCAUCCGGCCGCUACUGCCGCCCUGGUUCCACAGCAGCCUUUGCCCCCACACGGUGGCUACGUAGGCCUGCCUGCUGGUGCAACUGCGGUGGGCCAGCAGAACCCCUUCCUCUGAAGGAACCUGCAGCAGUAGGCAGGGGUUCUGUUUCGCACUAGGACCGCGAAAACAAAAAAGAAGCGCGAGAGUCGGGCCCGCCGCUGCCCUGCCCGGCAGUGUCUCUUCUUUUUUUUAAAUAACCUUCCUGUCGCUUUGGAAAGGCCCUUGUUUCUUCUUAAUUGGUGUGUGCAAAGAGAGCUGAGAUGCUGUUGCGCAUUCCGCUUGGUGCUCGCCCGUCUUCUUCUUCUUCGAGGUGCGAGCGGAACGCCAAGGUUGCGAGUGGCUCCUCCUACGUGGUGAACUGUGAACUUUUUUUUUUCUCCCUGUUUCAUGCAGAGCCGGCCAGACUGAUGAACUCGCCUGACUAUCGAAAGAGGCUCGGUGGAUCGAUGUAGUGUGUGCUCUAUCUAGACGUUUUCCUCUGCAGGUGUGAAGGUGUACGGUGGGAGGUAAAGGGGUUGGUUGGAAAGCAGAAAGUUUUAAUAUAUAUAGUAUAUAUAUGUGCGUCAAAUUGAGCACGGUUCCAGUUCCGACCCGAGUCUCCCAAAGGAGGAGAGCGGUCAUUCGCGUGAAAUCUCGGAAGUGCAGGCGUCGUUUCUCCUUUUCCAUCUUGAGAGAGAGAGAGAGCAUUUACGAGCGGCGGGCUAAAGGAUUCGCCACGUCGUCACGACCAAGCAAGCUUGACUUCUGGCCCGGUCGGAGCGAUGUCGGACCACCAGUACGACCAGCCCCCGUCAUUACUGUCUCACAAUAACAGAAGAAACAAGAAAACUUGCAUUUCAUGAACUAGCUCUGUUUUAUAUUUUUGCCUUCCCCACCUUUUUUUUUGUUUUGGAGGACCUCACUAUGUUGUUUUGCUUAGGAGCAAGGACGAGUCGGUGUCAGGCAUAGUUGACUGAUGCAUUCCCACGCGGUGCUCACUGACGAUGAAUGGAGGCAGUUCUAGAGCAUUGCGAUGCCCUGCAGACUCGGGAAGGGAGUCAUUGCUUUAUGGAGGCAACACUGAGCAAAAUUGGGAAGGUUAUUGCGCCUGUUAACAUCUGUUGAAGGCGUUUUCCCUCCACUGCAUUCAUUGCUCGAGUUGGUGUUCGUAGCUACCACAUUUACCAUGAAAGAGACCCACUAGACAUGAAACGGCAAACACAGGCACAAACUUUCAUCUGGUCUUCAUUAGCCGGCAGAGUGAGAUCAUAGAGAGAGGCCGUGCAAUCCAUUUCUGUGGUAUCCCAAGACAUUUCUUUGUGGUCUAGCUCUGUGCAUAUUCAUGAUGUAUGCUUAUGAAGCUUAUGUUGGAAAUUGGCACUCGUACCUGUCGUUUUAUGCCAAGCUCUUUUUGUGCUAAAUGCCGUAGUUGGGCAAAACUUCCCUUUUUUUUUGGAAACUGAAUGGUGUGACCCAUUUCUUGCCGGGGUGUCUAUGUCGAGAGUUCUUGUAAUCGUGGGUAGCAAAGCUCUUCUAUCCGAUAACCGCUCUUGGGCUUGCACGGAUUACCCGAAGCUGCCGUGUCCUGAACGGCUGAUGUGCUCAUGAUUUUGCUGGGCCAAUGUUUCAAGUGUGGUUGGUAGCAAAUGAGCCGCGUUUUACUUAGAAUUACGAGAAAUCAUCUCGUGCUUUAGUGCAAAAGGCUGCAGUUACUCUGUGCAAUUUGAUUGUGCACCAUGGCUCUUGGGGCUGGGAAGAAACAGCAUUUGCUCUGUUCUGUUGAGGAGACAGGGCGUUGAAAGACUGGCCUUUCUUUUUUUGCAUUGAGUCGCGUAACUAGCACAAAAUUUGCGUAAGGGCACGUUUCUUUUGUUACCCACCCGUGCCAUUUGUGGAAGUUCUGUCCACUCAUUGGUUCGCGCAGCCUUUCUCGUUUUGCCGCGAUUGAAGCUGCUUGCAGUGGUUGCAGCGGUUAACGGUUUCGUACGCUGUCCUGCAGGCGUACAUACGUACGUACACUGGCUGGAGAGGACUGUAGCGGAGGCUUUUUGCACUGAAGAAAGAAAAAGUUGUGCACACCUGUGGCUAUCACUAGUUACGCUUUUCAAUCGAGCACUUUUUACUGUACCACUGAUAUAACCAGCCUUUGACACGUACGGUGGUCUGCGUGGAUGUUUUUUCUGACACUUUGAAGUUUGCCGUGACAUGUGGACUCUUCGGCGGCGAAAGUGAGCAUUUCUUUCUGUCCUCGCCAUGUUGCUUCAGCACGAGGCCGGCUUGUGUCACUUUCGAGAAAUGUGUCACUUUUUCAGAGUGUGAAUGUGCUAGCAUGGAUCCUUUGUAUCACCUGUUCCUAGUUAAAAAAAAUAAUUGUGCUGAAAGCUGUGCGCCGGCGUUUUACAUGCUCUAAUGUGGACGUCUCGUGUCAGGCUUAGUGUACAAAGGUGCAUUGUCUCUCUUUGCUUUUACAAGACGGGGUGGGCUUUGGUAGUGCACGUGUGAAUGUCAACUGGGCCAUGAUACAAACUAACGGAACGGGCAGAAUAGGGGCACAUGCCGGUGUUGUUUCUGUCGUAGCAUUGAGGAGGUGUUAGUGCGCGUUUUAGGAAGCUUGUUGCGAAGAAUUGUAACCUCGUAUAAGCUUGUACAAAGUUGCCCGAGGAGGGAUACAAACAGAUGUGUAUGUGUGUGGGAUUUGUUUCUCUGUGAGGUGGUGUUCAUGCCAUGUCAUUGGUCUGGUUUGUUAGAAUUGAGUUGCGGAACCAGGGGUGCUGUGGCAUCUUGCCACGUCGAAAGGGUAUGGUAGAUGAACAAAGCACACAAGCUUCCACUUGAUUAAUGCAGGACUUCGACACACUUACGUGUGUAAUUCAGUUGUGGAACAUCUGUAAACGUUAAGUGAGCCACCCCGAACAGGCUAAUUGCUGAUGUGGCUUUUAGAGUGGCCGUCGGCCGGAAGCUUGCUGGCACAUUUACCAUCCUCUGCUUUUUAGUUUCGGUCGGCAUAUGGUCUUGAUGAGAGUGCCAUUGAGAUGUGUCACGAAAUUUGACAGACAUUGUCUGGUAUGUAUUUGGCGCGAUAAUCACCGAAACCUGCUUUGCAGUGCUGUCUUGAAUGAAGCAUGUUUGUCUAAACUGUGAAAGUAUGUUAUGGUCUAACGAGGGUUAGAAAGAAAAACACUUAUGUUUACUGCAUGUGAAGACGUUUUCCUCUAAUGAAAUGGACUAUUUCUAUUUACAGAGUUUUAUUGUAUAGCUUUUAUAAAUAUAGAGAUGCUAAUUGCUUAUUCUGCAAGUCCUUUGAAUGAAAGGUGCGUGGCUUGUUGAUCCUUUUGUAAGACACUUUGUUCUUUUUUUUUCUUCUGUUAUGCGUGUGUGGGUGCAAAUGAUGGCAUAUCUGAGUGCAUUGCAAAAUUCUUUUUGGAUAACUGAAGAACAUUGCAUGGUGUAUCUGUUGCAAUGCCGGCCCGUGCUAACAUAAAACGUUGCCGAACGUUCCGUCACCUCUGGAACUGAGGAAAAAAAAUCUGCCAUGUGUCACUCAACGAUACUGGGGGGAACGCAGAGAAAAAAAAAAUAAAACGAUGCGCAAUGUUUGA